GUUUGUUUUGACCCGAGCUCAUCCACCGGUGCUGACAUAACUUGGCGUUACCUAACUCUCUUGAGCAGCCAACCCAAGCUCGGUCGGUCUCUUACCUAAUCCCCGCCGAGCUGGCGACAACUCCUGAAGCUGUUUUGUCAUUCUGGCGGUCAUCUGCGACGUGCUAAGGCUGCGUGCUGAGUCAGGAAGCUGGCCGCAAACAUGGCUAGCAACGUCAAACUCGAGCAGGGUGCUCACCAGCAACCUGUGGGAGUCGCGCCCAUUGCUGCUCAACCACAGCACGCCGCGUACGCAAGCCCCAGCUUUGGAAACCACUCGCAGCCGGCCCCCGGAGGGUCCGGAUCCAACAACUCCCAGCCACUGCCACAUGGAUAUAGUGAUCCGCAACCCCCAUCCAACGAGGUCGACAUCCAUCCAGAACUGCGAUCCAGUCACGAGCCGCCUGCGGCAGUUUCCGCCUACCCUCCCGUGCCUAAUAUGAUUCCGCCUGGCGUGGCGCCUCCGGAUCAAGCGGUUGCCAUGUCCGGGCCUUCUGCGCCGGUCGCCCCGGCGGCCGGCGCAAUGCCCGCUGGAGAGGGUGCGACGGAUGGCCGGAAGGCCAAGCGCGAGCUGUCUCAAUCUAAGCGCGCUGCGCAGAACAGGGCUGCACAGAGGGCAUUCCGCCAACGGAAAGAGGGAUACAUAAAGAAACUGGAGCAGCAAGUGCGUGACUAUGGCGAAAUGGAGAUCAGCUUCAAGGCGCUCCAGUCCGAAAACUACGCGCUGCGACAGUACGUCAUGGCAUUGCAGGCCCGCCUGCUCGAAACCCAAGGCGAGUAUCCGCCGCCGCCCCCGGGCAUCGACCCAGCCCAGCUCAACCCGCACGCGCAACCACCCCCGAUACGCCCCGACGCCGACGCGCCCGAGACCGCUGCGGCGGGAGCGGCCGGAGCGGUCCCCGCCGUGAACUCGCUCGAGGUGGCCGCCCAGGCUGUCGCCGGCCUCACCCGCGGCGAGCACCUGGCCGCUCGCGACGCCUACCCGCCUGUCCGCAACGACGACGACGCGAGGACGGCCGAGGCGAUCACCCGGCAGCUGCAGGCCGAGCCAAACCCCGACGGGCUGCCCACCGCACCAAUGUGAGAGACCUGGCUCGCCUCAAUCCUGGAAGCUUGGGUCGCCUGCGCCACGACGCGGUCUGCCUGUGGUCGCUUCCCACUCCCUCUUUUUUUGUUAAGGCGGAAAAAGGAAAGGAAGGCGUUGACGACUUGGUGCGCAUCUCGAGGCGGGCAACCUGCUGAAGGGGUGGUCACUUUUCUCGCUUUUCUCGCGGUGGAGAGACGUCCCGUU